AAACGAAGAGCGAAAUUUGGGCAGUGCACUUCUCCUCCAACGACGGUGGAGGAAAUCAAAACUUUUUCUCCCACCUCGGAUCUCGCAUUGUUUUGAUCUUCAAAUAGAGCAUUGAGCCUAGGAAAUUAGCCGCUGGACCAACCGCCCAAAGAGGGUUCGUAUAUGUGUACUUGCUGAAGACUUAGCGGCCUAUGGAGUUUCCCCAGGACCCCACCAUCGAUCAGUUGAUCAGUCUGAUUGAGAUGAUGUACACUCAACACGACACCAACGAGAUCAAGUCGAUCCAGUCUUAUCUGCAAACGAUACAGAAGUCUGCUAAAGGGUAUGAGGUGGCUGAUGCGCUGUUGCUGAAUGAAGAUGUGCCGUUGAACUCACAGUUCUUUGGGGCCUUGACGCUGACGAUAAACAUCAAACUAUCACUGGUCAAUGGUGAAGGGUUGUUUGAGGAAUUGGCGCGUUGUAUCCAUUCCUUGCUGUACAGGAACAUCAGGUACAAGAUGAAUAAUAUAUUUGUUGUUAAGAAGAUGUUUCAGAAUUACUCUCUGGCCUAUAGGACGUUUGAACCACCUGCUGAAUGGUUGAAUCCAUUAGCGCUCUUCAUCGCUGUUCUACGUUCGUUAGAUUCUCAGCAGUUGGAGCUGGACUCUUCCUCCCCGCAAAAUGAAGCAAUACCAUGGCUUGUACAAAACCAGGCAAUCAAUGAAAUCGUUCUCACGUUCCUGUCAACAUACGUGGAGGAUUUCCUUAAGGACAAUACAAACUCAGAGAUCCUAAUACACAAACGUGUUCAAAACGACAUUUUCCCCCUCUGGAAACAUAUGAUGACAACGAAUUUGUCGAACAAUGUUAAUACCAAAGCGUCGUUGAAGACGUUGACAACGUGGUUCCAAUAUGUAUCGUUUGUUCAAGUGAAGACGACGUUAAGAUAUGAUCUAAAUGAUAUCUGGCCAGUGCUGAUUGAAGUGCUCCAGUGUACUACUGAUCCAGAGAUUACAACAUUGUGUGUUGAACUGAUCACGGAAGUUUUUGAAGAUAAUCCACUCAUGGUAAACUACCAACAUCGUUGUCAAUUUGAUGCGCUGUUCAGUAGUAACUGGUUAUUGGACAAAAUUGCAGAAUACCUAAACAAUCAAGACUUUGACUCGUUGAAUAACUUAACCAGCCUUAUCAUUGCAUUUUUAGAGAUAGAUUCUCUUCAACUGGCUUCGAAGUUGUUCACUGCUGAGCAAAGUUCAAAGCUACAAUUCUUGGUGAAUCUUACAAACUUCCCAUCUGUACCAAUCAUGGAGGAGCAAAUUUCAAAGCAGAUGUUAGAAUUUUGGAGUCAACUUCUUGAUAUAUUCACAGAUGACUUGGAAUCUUUGAAACAACUGUCAAAGCAAGAAUGGCCUGAAGUUGAAACUAAUUCACGCCGUGCAUUCUUGAGCAUAUCUCAGAUUUAUUUCAACAAGAUUAAACUAACUCCUGAACUACUUUUACACAGUGACUAUCACGAUAAUAAACGUGAAUUCGAAUCAUUCAGGGUUGACGUUGGUGAUUUAUUUGAUUUGUUGUAUACUCAACUUGGUCUUGAUCUGUAUAAAGGUUUGGCAUCGACAGUUGGCUCAUUCACAACAACCGUGGAGGAAAAAGAAGCAAGUUAUUUCCUAUUAGCUUCAUUGUCUUCCAAUUUCUCGCAUGCCAAUGAUGAACUGGUCCAUAUUAUCAUGGACCUAUUUGAACAACGAUUUUUGGACCGCAUUACCGCACAGGUUAAUUCACUGGACAGUUCCAAGAGGGAUAUUUAUGCUAGGUAUAGUAUAAAGUUCUUAGGGGAACUCGGGUUCUUCUUCAAAGAGUGUGAAUCCAACAACUACUUGAGACAGGUGAUUGACUAUCUAUUCCACGGGUUGAAGACCUAUAAAAUGUUGAACCUGACAAUCUCCAAGACAAUAAUGGAAAUUUGCGAUAGUUGCCGUCUACAACUAGUUGAUAAUAUCAAUGGGUUUGAGCCCAUGUUGGUUGAAAUGAUAACAAAUAAUACAGUUGAUCCAUUUACAAGAGAAAAACUUGUGCAUUCGGUCUGCUGUGUUGUUCAAUCUCUUCCAAGUGCUUCCAAUCAGGAAAUUUAUACCACGAAUAUUAUUGGAAUGAUUGAGACCACAAGCACACCACUUCUCAUGAAGGCUGGAUCAAAUGGUACCUUAACCGAUGAUGAGUUGACCUAUGCUCUAUCAUUGCUAACGUGUAUUCAUGAAGUUGCAAAAGGCUUGGAAAUUCCAGACUAUCUGGAAGAAGAUAAUGAAGAGAUGUUCAACCAGUUGAGAAGCUUCUGGAUGAACUAUUCGGGAUCAAUACAUACCAGAAUCAAUCAUCUGAUACAGUCGUUUGUCUUGCAAGCUGAUCAUUUAUCUCGAAACUCUUUGCUAACCGAGAGAGCCAUCGCAAUUUAUAAAACAGGUCUAGUGGAAGACUUCGGGCCUUUCGCCAUGAAAUACCAAGAUGUAAUAUCAUUCGCUACUGACUUAUCAACCAAAUGCGAUUUAAGCAAAACGCUACCACAUCUCUUGGAAUUGUGUAUUGCCCUGUUCAACUGUGGUUUAAAGUCCAAAAAAGUUCAGUAUCAAGAGCCGAUAUCUAAUGAACAGAUUACGUGGGUUAUUCGUGUGUUUGUCCAAUCACAUUUUGAUUUAAUUAAAGAAGACCCGGAUUUAAUACAGCUGACGGUGACGCUGUUUUCUGCUCUUACUAAUGGUAAGCCAUCUUACUUACUUUAUGAGUCUAAAGCGUUACAACUUAUAGUUGAGAUGGCUCUAGAACUCUUGGGAUAUCAGGAGAAAUUUGUUAUAAAAUCAGUUGCAAAAUUUUGGAAUGGAUUUUUAGCACCGAGAAAAGUUACGGAAGAACAGCAGAUUGCGUGGAAUAAACUCAUCGAAGUUGAUAUUGGGCCUCUGUUGACAUUUCAGGUACUUCGUGGAAUGUUUGAAACCACGAGAAGCAAUGUUGACCAAUAUUCGUCGAUUGUUUCGUUGUUGAUUGCUAAACAUCCACUUAAAGCUCAAAUUUGGAUUACUGAUUCUCUCAAUAAGCUACACAAUGAAAUGCUAGGUGAAGGUAAGAAGGGCAUUGAAAACAGAGACAUACUCUCAAAGAAGCUGGCAAUCACGAGGGGAUCACAGAGAAAAUGUCAAGAAUUGCUUAAAGAUACAUGGAAAGAGGUUAACGGACUCGAUUGGAUCGGAUAAUUUCUGUCAAUACUAGACCUUUCAUACCUGUAUAUAUUCGAGAAAGAUCAGGGAAACGUGAUAGAAAUUGUUAUUCAACCAGUAUGAUCAUUGUUUCAGUAUACAAUUAUAUCUCGAGAAAACAUUCAGCACCACUGAUAAGAUACACCCAUGAUUUUAGUUUCCAUGUCCAUUUAUUUAUAGCAUCUAUAGUUUAUAAAUACUGGAAGAAGAACAUAGAUAUGUGGUACCCUGGGAUGCUAAAAGUGUCACGUUA